AUGGCUAUUUCUAGUCGUUCAUUGCGUGUGGCUCUUCUUGUACUAUGCAUUGUUAUGGCAUGUAUGGAGGAGGGACACGGCGAGGAUGGAUAUGAUUAUUGUGACUAUGGUGGAUGGCGUGGCUGCAAGAGUUUUUAUAAUCGUGGUGGAGGAGGAGGAGGAGGAGGUGGUGGGGGUGGGGGUGGAGGAAGUGGUUAUGGAGGUUCGGGACAUGGAGAGGGUCAUGGUGCAGGGGCAGGUGUGGGUGUGGGAGGUGGUGGAGGUGGAGGCGGCCAGGGUGGUGGUGGUGGGGAUGGAGCUAGCGGUUCUGGUCAUGGUGAAGGAUUCGGAGCUGGAGCUGGAGUUGGUACAGAAGGUGGUGGAGGUGGUGGAGGGUCUGGUGGGGGAGGUGGUGGUGGUGUAAAUGGAGGGUAUGGUCAUGGUAGUGGUUUUGGAGCAGGUGUAGGUUUUGGAACUUUUGGUGGACGUAAAGGUGGUGGUGGUUUUGCUGGGGGAGGUGGAGGAGGUGGUGGUGGUGGUGGUGGUGAGGGUGGUUCUGCAGGAGGAUCAGGUCAUGGUAGCGGCUUUGGUGCUGGAGUUGGUAGGGCAGGUGGAGGUGGUGGAGGAGGAGGAGGAGGUGGCGGCGGUGGAACCAACGGUGGAUAUGGUCAUGGAAGUGGUUUCGGGAUGGGUGCAGGUUUUGGUAGCAAUGGUGGUGGUGGUGGAGGAGGAGGGGGAGGUGGGGGCAGCAAUGGCGCUGGUGGAGGUUCUGGCCAUGGUAGUGGUUCUGGAGCAGGUGGUGUUGGUGGUGGUGGUGGUGGUGGAGGUGGUGGAGGUCGAAAUACUAAUGAAGAGAAUGGUAGUGGUUCUGGUUAUGGUGAAGGAGAAGGCAGUGGAUAUGGUGGCAAUUUUAGUAAUGAUGAUAAUGGUGGCAUUGGAAUGGGAUUUGGUAUGGGUAUGGGAUUUGGCUUUGGCAUAGGAACAGCUACAGUAAGUGGAAAUGCUAGUCCAAUUGAUGAAGCUAGCAAGAAUGGUGACAAACAACCCUAA